CGGUGUCCUACGUGCUGAGUGGAUGCCAUUUGAACUCGCCUGGCCUGUGUGCGGUUGUAUAAGUACAGGCUUACGAUAAUACCGUCAGGAGGCUUUUGAAAGCUUCUUUUUCAGGUAGCUAAGGCAUUACAGUGUAUAAAUAAAUCGAAGCUCACUUCCCUACCACCAUGCGGCGAAGUAAGGCCGACGUGGAUCGUUACAUUUCUUCGGUGCAGAGUGCUUCUCCUUCCCUUAAAGAGAAGCCGAUUAAAGGAUUCUUAUUUGCGAAGUUGUAUUUCGAAGCAAAAGAAUAUGAACUUUCUAAAAGAUACGUGUCGGCCUACCUAACAGUCCACGAAAGAGACCCAAAAGCACACAAAUUUCUGGGCCAGCUGUAUGAGAGAGAGGGAGACAUUGAUAAAGCAGUGGGAUGCUACAAGCGCUCUGUGAACUUGAACCCCGCCCAGAACGACCUGGUCCUGAAGGUAGCUGAGCUUCUGUGCAGCAAGCCGGAGCUCGACAACAGCGCGCAGUUCUGGGUGGAGAAGGCAGCCAAGCUUCUUCCAGGAAGCCCUGCAGUCUACAACCUGAAGGAGAAGCUGCUGAGCUCACAGGGGCAGCAGGGCUGGAACCAGCUGUUUGACCUGCUGCAGUCAGAGCUGCAGCUGCGCCCGAGCAACGCCCACAUCAACGUCAAACUGGUGCACCUGUACUGCUCCGAUGGGCGGCUGGAGGAGGCCGUCGGCCACUGCCUGGCCGUGGAGAAGAAGGGGGCCCUGCGGGGCAGCCUGGACUGGUACUCCACCCUCGUGCGCACGCUCCAGGAGUACCUGGCCCAGCCCAGCACGCUGUCCAAUGAGAAGAUGUGGCGGAAGCUGCAGAAGGAGCUGCUGCUAGCCCACUGCAGCCUGCUGAGGCUUAGCCUGUCUGAGCAGAGUGUGCAGCAGUGUGUGGAGGCCCUGCAGAGCUUUGACUACGUCAUGCAGACGACCGCGAAGCUCACCACCAGCACGACGGACGAGCUGUCGGAGGCCUUCACGGAGAUGAGGGGUCACCUUUACCUGCACGCAGGGUCGCUGCUGCUCAAGAUGGCCCAUGUCAAGGAGCAGCAGUGGAGGGCUGUGACUGACCUCGCAGCCCUCUGUUACCUCUUAGCCUAUCAGGUACCCAAACCAAAGAGCAGGCCCUCGAAGGGGGCGCAGGCCACGCAGCAGCUGGUGGAGUCCCUGGCCUGUGAUCGGCAGAGCCAGGCAGGCCACAUGCUGCUGAACCUGAGCCAGGAGGACGACGGCUUCGUGAAGCAGGUGGUGGAGGCAUUUGGGAACCGCAGCGGGCAGGGCAGCCUGUUCGAGAUGCUCUUCGGGGCCCAGGCCCCCGCUGGCCCCUCCUUCAUCGGCAACGACGACAUCCGCAGCAUGGGCACGGACAUGCCGGGCAUCGGUGAUCUCGCCAAGUGGGACAGCGGGGCUAUCGUGCUAUACGGAGGUGACCUGCAGCAGCUGGCCUGGCUGGGCCUGCAGUGGGCGCUCAUGGGCCAGACACCUGCCCUCAGGGCCUGGCUGAAGCAGCUGUUCCCCCGGCUCACGCUGGAGACCUCCAAACUGGACACCAACACCCCCGAAUCCAUCAGCCUGCUCGACCUGGAGGUCUUCCUCAGCGGGGUUGUGUUCUGCAGUCAGGCCCAGCUGCAGGAGACGCAGAAGAUCACAGCCAGCUCCCAGCUGCACGAGGUCCGGUGCCUGCCCCUGCAGGUCAUCAAGCUGCUGUCCAAUGAGAGACAGAGGGACUGGUGGAACGCCGUCUACAGCCUCAUCCAUAACAAGUCUCCGCCGGGCAUGUCGGCUAAGUUGAGGAUCACGGUCCAGCAUGGUCUUAGCACCCUGAGGGCUGGGGAAAAGCAUGGCCUGCAGCCAGCGCUAGCCAUACACUGGGCCCAACACCUCAGCGAAACGGGUAACGGAGUCAACUCUUAUUACGACCAGAAAGAAUACAUCGGGCGCAGUGUGCACUACUGGAAGGUUGUGUUGACCCUCCUGGAAAAGAUUAAGAAACGGCGGAGCAUUCCGGAACCUCUUGAUCCCUUGUUCAUGCACUUUCGUAGUAAAGACAUUCAGAUAUCUGAAGUGAAGAGCUAUGAAGAGGAAGCAGAGAUCGCUUUUGCCAUACUCCUGGAUAUUGAAGGCAGAACAGAGGAGGCGAUUGCAGCGCUAGAAAACAUAAACAGCAUUUCCUCCUGUUGGCAUCUUGCGCAGAUAUUUCAGAGGCUUUCUGAAGAAGCAGGGAACGGUGUUGAAGAGAAUCAAGACCGGUGCAUCACAUUCCUACGAAAGUUCAGAAAGUACCUGUCAAAAAUUCACAACGCCAAUGCUGCUGAGAUUGAUAAGUUACCUAUAUCCAUGGAGGAGGUGAUGGAUAUGCUGAAUGAUGUCAACCAGCAACUUGCUGCAUGUGGAGAGGACAUGGAUGAGGAAGAGGAUGGUCAACCUACAAGCCCCAGUCAGCUCGCAGAGCCUGGUGCCUCUGCUUCUCGCAUCAAAUUCUCCACCCCAUCUCCAACCAAGAGUGUGCUGUCUCCUUCAAAAAGACACAUUUUUUCUCCCAAGACCCCUCCUCAUUGGGCUGAGGACCAAAAGUCUAUUCUAACAAUGCUGUGUCAACAAGUGGAGGCCCUCACGAACGAGGUGCAUGACCUGAGGCACAACUCCUCUGGGGCCACAGCCUCCCCCCACCACCGGAUGUACGGAGAGGGGUUCGCAGCUGAGGGCCUCCAGGAGCCGUUUCCAGCUGCCCAGAGCUUCCAUGGAGCGCCCCUCACAGUGGCUACUACAGGACCAUCGGGACCUGUGUAUUACAACCCCUCACCUGCCUACAACUCGUCAACUCAGUAUCUUCUUCGCACAACUGCAAAUGUCACUCCAACAAAGACCCCAGUUUAUGGGAUCAACCGUCUCCCUCCACAGCCGCAUGUGUAUGCCUACCAGCAGCCUACGCACACACCGCCCCUGCAGACAAACCCAGGAUGCAUGUACCCCCAAGACCAGGUUUAUGGCGCUCCCCUGCGCUUUGAGUCGCCUGCAACUGGCCUGAUCUCUCCAUACAGUGAGGAAUACUACAGCCACAGUGUUCCUCAACCCUCUACCAACCCCACUCUGCCAGAGCCAGGCUAUUUCACCAAACCCACUGCUGUCCCUGUGCAACCACCGAAGAGCAAUGAGGCCAAGCCUGUAGAGUUUGGGAAAAUCAGCUUUGGCCAGCAGAUUCCUGUUGAGUCCCCUAAUGUACCCAGCUUCGGAGCCGGCGUUCUUGGCCAGUCCACACCGGCUGCUGCCUUCAAGUUCAACUCAAAUUUCAAAUCUAACGAUGGGGAUUUCACCUUCCCCUCCAUGCAGGUUAAAAACAGUGAGAGCCUGCUGGGGCUUCUGACGUCUGACUUACCGACCAGAAAUGAAGCACAAAUUGGGCAGAAGGUGCCCACUCAAGACCAGGCUCCUGCUUCCCAGGGUGGAGUCUUUAACUUUGGAACUAAAAACACAGCUGGUUUCUCUUUUGUUGAUGCUGCACAGAGCCAGAGCAAACCGGGCUUGUUUGGGAAAACAGACCAGUCGUUCAGUUUCUCAGACAGGGCCAAAGCUGUGUUUGGCGUGGCGAACUGCGAGGAGCAGGAGGAGAAAGGUGAAAGCGACAAUGAGAGCACUCGUGUUGAGGAGGACGAAGAUGGCCCCCAUUUUGAGCCCAUUGUGCCUCUCCCUGAUAAAGUGGAUGUUAAAACUGGAGAGGAGGAAGAGGAGGAGAUGUUCUGCAACAGGGCUAAGCUCUUCCGCUUUGAAACCGAAACCAAAGAGUGGAAGGAGAGGGGUAUUGGUAGCAUCAAAAUCCUCAGGCACAGAACAUCGGGCAAGGUCCGACUGUUGAUGAGGAGGGAACAGGUUCUGAAAAUCUGUGCCAAUCACUACAUCACUGCAGAUAUGGUUCUGAAACCAAAUGCUGGCUCAGAUAAGUCUUGGGUGUGGUAUGCUAUUGACUAUGCAGAUGAAAUGCCCAAACCUGAGCAGCUGGCUAUCCGUUUUAAAACGGCAGAUGAGGCAGCCCUGUUCAAAGCGAAGUUUGAAGAGGCACAGAAGGCAGUACCGAAGUCUCCACAGAAGCAAGAACAACCAGUAGAAAAAGCGGUUCCUCCAAAAGCCUCAUCUCCUCAGGCAGCAAGCAAAGAAUUAGACUUUGGAGCCGUAUUUGCUAAGAAGGAAGGUGAAUGGGACUGCAGUGUGUGCUGUAUAAGAAACACGCCCACAGCUGUGCAGUGCGUUGCUUGUCAGAACCCCAACCCUGCUGCUGAAUCUCAACCAGAUGGAAGAUUUGCAGCUACGAUGCCUGCAGCUACGGUGCCUGCAGCAGGGACUUUCACAUUCGGGUUUGGUAAAGAAAUAUCAAAAGACACCAGCUCUGCUUCUAGCACACAGCCUUUUGGAUCAUUUGCUCAAAUACCGACUACUUUUAAGUUUGGCACUAGUGAUGCUUCUUCAAAACCUAUAGGCUUUGGCACUCAGUUUGAGAAGAAGCCUGGCCAAUGGGACUGCAACACAUGUGCUGUAAGAAAUGAGGCAUCCGCAGGUCAUUGUGUCUCAUGUCAGACUCCUAACCCAUCAAGUAAAUCAAUAGUUGAUCCAGCUGUAAAUAAACCCUCCACAGUUUCAUUUGGUGCUGGGUUUGGUAGUCAGUUUGCCAAAAAGGAGGGGCAAUGGGACUGCGACACUUGUGCUGUAAGAAAUGAGGCAUCUGCAAGUCAUUGUGUCUCAUGUCAGACUCCUAACCCAUCAAGUAAAUCAAUAGUUGAUCCAGCAGUAAAUAAACCCUCCACAGUUUCAUUUGGUGCUGGGUUUGGUAGUCAGUUUGCCAAAAAGGAGGGGCAAUGGGACUGCGAUACAUGUGCUGUAAGAAAUGAGGCAUCUGCAAGUCAUUGUGUCUCAUGUCAGACUCCUAACCCAUCAAGUAAAUCAAUAGUUGAUCCAGCAGUAAAUAAACCCUCCACAGUUUCAUUUGGUGCUGGGUUUGGUAGUCAGUUUGCCAAAAAGGAAGGGCAAUGGGACUGCAACACAUGUGCUGUAAGAAAUGAGGCAUCCGCAGGUCAUUGUGUCUCAUGUCAGACUCCAAACCCAUCAAGUAAAUCAAUAGUUGAUCCAGCAGUAAAUAAACCCUCCACAGUUUCAUUUGGUGCUGGGUUUGGUAGUCAGUUUACCAAAAAGGAAGGACAGUGGGACUGUGAUACCUGUUUAGUUAGAAAUGAUGCUUCAACUGCAAAAUGUGUUUCUUGCCAGAGUCCUAGGAAAAUCCAGAUGCCCUCUCAGGGUGAGUUGGCGGCUAUGUUUGGAAAGAAAGAGGGGCAGUGGGAUUGUGAUACCUGUCUGGUUAGAAAUGAUGGAUCCUCAAGUGCUUGUCUCUCCUGCCAGACACCAAAUCCUAAUGCAAAAGUUGCAAAUACAAGUACAAAAAAUGCAGCACCAUCAUCAAGCUCUGCCUUCAGUUUCAGUUUUGGGAGCCAGAAUGCAUCAAAUGCACCUGCAGCCACAGGGUUUAAAGCUAAUUUUAACGCUGGCACCACAUUCAAAUUUGGCCAGGGUGAAGAUAAGAGCUCCCCAGCAUCGUUCAAGUUUGAGCUCCCUCCGUCUCAGGUGGAGAGCAAGCCUUCCACUAGUGGAGGUUUCUCUUUCUCAAUGCCGAUGCCUACGGGCGCAUUUAAGUUUGGCACUCAGGAACCUGUGAAGCUAACCGCUCCGGCUGAGAGUCAACCUGAUGAAGGGUCGGCCUCCCUAUUCCUGAAAAACAUUGCAGAGCAGCACCGAGAAAAAGAGAAAAAUGCAGCCGAGGAUGCAGGUCCAUCAGUGGAGAUUACUGAGCAAGAUGAAAACCCUCUCUUUUCUGGCAAACCCAACACUUUUAGCUUUGCAGACCUGGCUAACUCUUCCCAGGGUGACUUCCAGUUUGGACAGAAUGAUCCAAACUUUGAAGGCUUCUCACGAGCUGGUGAGCAGCUCUUUGCCUCGCUCCAGCCUAGCAAAAAACUUGACACCUCUCAAGACCAGGACGAUGAAGAUAUGUACAAAACGGAGGAGAAUGAUGACAUCCAGUUUGAACCAGUGGUUCCGAUGCCUGACAAGGUUGACCUUGUGACAGGGGAGGAGGAUGAGGAGACUAUGUAUUCACAACGAGUCAAGCUCUUCAGAUUUGAUGCAGACACUAGUCAGUGGAAGGAAAGGGGUGUUGGAAAUCUCAAGUUUCUGAAGAACAGCAAAAAUGGAAAGCUGAGAGUGCUGAUGAGGAGAGAACAGGUUUUGAAGGUGUGCGCUAACCACUUGAUCACGACAACUAUGAAUCUGAAGCCCCUCUCUGGAUCAGAUAGAGCUUGGAUGUGGCUUGCUAAUGAUUUCUCAGAUGGUGAUGCCAAGUUGGAACAGCUUGCUGCUAAGUUUAAAACGCAAGAAUUAGCCGAAGAAUUCAAACAGAAAUUUGAGGAAUGUCAGAGGCUCCUCUUGGAUAUACCUUUGCAAACCCCUCAUAAGCUGGUUGACACUGGAAGAACAGCACAUCUCAUUCAGAAAGCAGAGGAGAUGAAGUCUGGCUUAAAGGACCUUAAAUCCUUCUUGACUGACGACAAAGCAAAGGUUAAGGAGCAGGACAGCCAAGCCAGUGGCACAACUGCUAACAGUACUUCUGGCUUGAUGAUUAAGCCCCACUCUGAGAGCGCUGGUAUUACCCUUGAGUGGGACAACUAUGACUUGCAAGAGGAUGCCUUGGAUGACACGGCAGAUACUUCUGUGUGUGCUUCCCCAUUAGCUAGUAGUCCAGAAGUUAGAAAGAAUUUGUUUCGAUUUGGAGAAUCCACCACUGGCUUCAACUUCAGCUUCCAACCUAUCAUCAGCCCCUCUAAAUCUCCUGCAAAACUUAACCAAAGCAGAGUUUCUGUUGGAACAGAUGACGAAUCGGAAACAACCCAGGAAGAAGAAAGGGAUGGUCAGUAUUUUGAGCCCGUUGUGCCCUUGCCUGACUUAGUGGAAAUAUCAACUGGUGAGGAAAAUGAGCAAGUAGUGUUCAGUCAUAGAGCCAAGCUGUACCGUUACGAUAAAGAAUUGAGUCAGUGGAAGGAGAGGGGCAUUGGUGACAUCAAGAUCCUGCAAAACUAUGACACCAAACGAGUGCGGCUUGUCAUGCGGCGGGACCAGGUGCUCAAGCUCUGUGCUAACCACUGGAUCGCCUCCAGCAUGAAGCUGGAACCCAUGAAAGGGGCAGAGAAAGCUUGGAUCUGGAGUGCCUUCGACUUCACGGAAGGUGAAGGGAAAGUUGAGCAGCUUGCAGUCCGCUUUAAGCAGCAGGAGGUGGCUAACACCUUCAGAGAAGUCUUUGAGGCGGCUAAGAGUGCGCAGGAAACUAAGACUGAGCUUACGCCUGUAUCACCCAGAGAGUGUACUCCGCUCAAGAUGACCUGUGGUCAGGCUGCAGUAGCUGUGUUGGAGGAGACCACCAAAGAGCGAACGGAUCUUCCUCCUCAGAGUUGCCAUGCCACGGAUAGUUCAACCUCCCCGGCUGCAGCACACAGUCCACAGAACCCCUCAAAAGCCAUUGUCUCUCCACCGAAGUUUGUCUUUGGCACUGAUUCUCUCCAGAAAAUCUUUGGAAGCCCUCCAUCUUCCCAUGAGUUGAUGCCCAGCAGCAAGACGAGCUCUAAAGAGAAAGCACCAAGUGUUCCUUCUGCAGGCUCCAAAUCUCCAGAGAGUGCUCCUGCCAGUCAGCCGUCCAUUGUAACUCCGACUCCAGCAAUGCCCACAUUCAAAGUCCCGACUAGAGGAUUGGAUUUUAGGCUUUUCAAAGAUAACCCAAUGGCUUUUUGGACCUGCACAUCAUCCACCCAAUUUGAACCCCAAGCUGCCUCUGAGGUAGUGGGAGAAAAGGCGGAUGAUACGGCGAAGCUGGAAGGGGCUGCUGAGCAGGUGGACUCUGAGGAUCUGCAGGUGGUGUUCGUGCGGGAGCCCACUGCAGAACAAGAACAGCUGGCCCGUGAACUCCAGCUGCCUCCUACCUUCUUCUGUUACCAGAACGAGCCGGGCUACAUCAGCGAUGACUCUCAGGAUGAUGAAGACUUUGAGACAGCAGUGAGAAAGCUAAAUGGGAAGCUGUAUCCUGAUCCUCCUGAGGAGGAGACCGGUGGGCUGGAGACCGUAACCCAGGAGACAGGCUCUCCAGAGACUGUAACCCAGGAGACUGGCGCCCCAGAGACAGUGUCCCAGGAGACAGUGACCCCGGAGCCUGGCGUCCCAGAGACAGUCACCCAGGAGACAGUGACCCCGGAGCCUGGCGUCCCAGAGACAGUCACCCAGGAGACAGUGACCCCGGAGCCUGGUGCCCCAGAGACAGUCACCCAGGAGACAGUGACCCCGGAGCCUGGCGCCCCAGGGACAGUGACCCCGGAGCCUGGUGCCGUGGAGACAGUCACCCAGGAGAUAGUGACCCUGGAGCCUGGCGCCCCAGGGACAGUGACCCCAGAGCCUGGUGCCGUGGAGACAGUCACCCAGGAGACAGUGACCCCAGAGCCUGGCGCCCCAGAGAUAGUCACCCAGGAGACAGUGACCCCGGAGCCUGGCGCCCCAGGGACAGUGACCCCAGAGCCUGGUGCCGUGGAGACAGUCACCCAGGAGAUAGUGACCCUGGAGACAGUGACCCUAAAGCCUGGCGCCCUGGAGACAGUGACCCUGGAAACUGACGCCCCGGAGACAGUGACCCAGGUGACUGGUGCCAUGGAGACAGUGACCCAGGUGACUGGCACCCUGGAGACAGUGACCCAGGAGGCUGAAGGACGUGAGGCUGCACCUGCGGCCCCCCCUGCGGGAGAGAGGGAUGCCGAGUGCGUGCUGGUGUGGGAGAAGAAGCCCACGCCCGAGGAGGAGGAGCGAGCCGUGCGCCUUCAGCUGCCCCCCACCUUCUUCUGCGGGGCGGGGAGCGACGAGGGCGAGAGGGACGAGCCCAGAGACUUUGAAACGGAGAAGAGAAAAGUGCGGGAAGACAUGAAGAUGAGAACUGAAAAGAGCGAGGUAGCAGACCCCAUCAUCUCUAGCAGUAGCGACGCCCCGGCGGCAGAGGAACAGGUCACGCCCCAACCUGAUUCUUCCAGCGAAGCCACCCCCGUCACCACGUCUGUUGCCCAGGACAGCGCCCCAAUUGACCUGUCCACGAAAAAGGGCCCUGAGCCAGAGCCCGACUCUACUAGCCAAGACCCUCCCGUUUUUUUUGGUUUCACUGGUUGUAGCGACGUCAAGGAAUUCUCGUUCGCAGAUCUGGCUAAGAGCGGCAGCGACUUUGCUUUUGGGAAGCAAGAUGCCAGCUUCUCCUGGGCAAAUGCAGGGGCCACGGUGUUUGGUGCUGCUCCGGUGACCCGAAAUGAAGGUGAUGAAGAGGGCAGCGAUGAUGAAGAGGCUGUGGGCUGCACUGACAUUCACUUUGAGCCUAUCGUCUCACUGCCAGAGGUGGAGACCAAGUCUGGAGAGGAGGAUGAGGAGAUCCUGUUUAAAGAGCGGACCAGGCUGUACCGGUGGGACCGCACCUUGAACCAAUGGAAAGAGCGCGGGGUGGGGGACAUCAAGAUCCUCUAUCACCCCCAAAAGAGGUUCUACCGCGUGCUGAUGAGGCGCGACCAGGUGUUCAAGGUCUGUGCCAACCACACCAUCACCCAGGGGAUGGAGCUCAUGCCCAUGAACACCUCCAACAAUGCUCUGGUGUGGACCGCCACAGACUACGCAGAGGGGAGCGCGCAGGUCGAGCAGCUGGCUGCGAAGUUCAAGACGGAGGAACUGGCGGGAUGCUUCAGGAGGAAGUUUGAGGAGUGCCUGAGCCGCAUGGCCCAGUCUGACUUCAGCCAGCUGUCUCGGGUCCUGGAGCAUUCCCGGGAGGGGAACCCCAUCGUGUUCUUCUGCGUCGCUGCCGACGGGGAGCCGCUGGGGAAGAUCACCAUGGAACUCUUCUCCCACAUCGUGCCCAAGACUGCCGAGAACUUCCGGUCCCUGUGCACCGGGGAGCGAGGACUCUGCUUCCGCAGCUCCAUCUUCCACCGCAUCAUCCCAGACUUCAUGUGUCAGGGUGGAGACAUCACCAAGCAGGACGGGACUGGAGGAACGUCCAUCUUUGGGGACAAGUUUGAGGAUGAGAACUUUGAUGUGAAGCACACCGGCCCGGGCUUGCUGUCCAUGGCAAACCGCGGCCGCGACACCAACAACUCCCAGUUCUUCAUCACCAUGAAGAAAGCAGAGCACCUAGAUUUCAAGCACGUCGCCUUUGGCUUUGUCAAAGACGGCAUGGACGUUGUGAAACUGAUGGGAGAGCUUGGCACAAAGAACGGCCAGCCGAGUAAGAAGAUAGUCGUUACUGAUUGUGGACAGCUGCAGUAGUCUCUUCAAAUAAAUGUUGCACUUGCUACUUAAUUCAAAACCUGUAAAUUUCUUAAGAUGUAUUUGUGUGUAAUAUGUACAUGGUUUACUUUUUUAUGUUUUAUAUGUAGGUUAUUUGCAUGUGUUGAAAUAAAGCUGAAACCAGAUACUUUGUAAACUCCCUAACUAGUUUUUUCAUGUGCGGGGGAAAAACAAAAGACCAGUUAAGUCAUAAUAUGAGUUUAUGAAUACAUAUUCCUGCUUGGAUUGUAGUACUGUUGCAUACAUUGUGGGGUUAGGUGUCAUGUUUGUGUUUGGAGAUUGAAUUUUUUCAGGAAUGAUGCUUUUUUGUGAUAAGAGUGGGGUUUAUGGGAAAGCACUCUAAAAUGUUCACUUUAUACAACUUGAUGUUUAAGACCAGCUGGAUGGAUGCGGUCCUUUUUUUUGAGUUGUAAGAAUGUCUGACUAUCAUGUUUACUACAUUUCAGAUUGGAAUAAUUAAAUUCUCUCAAUUUCCAAGUAAUUAUAUACUUAAGCUCUUAAUUUUCUUUAAAGUGUAAAAGAAGUUACAGAAAUAACUUUUAGGUGGAAAUAAAUUAUAUUUGUACAAA